AUGGCUAUCGCAACAGCUCUCGCCACACUUCAGGGUAGGGUCAUCCAAUACCCAUGGCACUCGCUCGGAGUAGCCGCUAUCCUGGUCCCGUUCCUCUAUGUCAUCCUGAACGAAUUCAUUCGGUCUUCUGCCCGUGUAAAGGGUCUCAAAGGUCCUACCGGCCUUCCCUUGAUCGGAAACUUGGCACAAAUUAGAGUCAACGCCGCUGAACAGUAUCGCACAUGGUCAAAGAAGUUUGGUGCUGUUUAUCAGAUCCAGCUCGGUAAUAUCCCUGUUGUGGUCGUCAACUCGGCUGCAUCGGCAAAGGUCCUAUUCGGUCAAAAUGCCCAGGCUUUGAGCUCGCGACCGGAAUUUUAUACUUUCCACAAGAUUGUCUCCAAUACUGCCGGUACAACCAUUGGUACCUCCCCAUACAGCGACUCGCUGAAGCGCCGCAGAAAGGGUGCCGCCUCUGCUCUCAACCGCCCCUCAGUCGAAAGCUACGUCUCCCAUCUAGAUGUUGAAUCCAAGGCUUUCGUGGAAGAACUCUACCGCUAUGGCAAUGGCGGCAGCAAGCCCGUCGACCCGAUGCCGAUGAUCCAAAGACUGAGUUUGAGUCUGGCCUUGACCUUGAACUGGGGUGUUCGUGUCGCAUCGCAAGAAGAAGAUCUGUUCGAUGAAAUCACCGAGGUUGAGGAGGAAAUCAGCAAGUUCCGAAGCACUACUGGCAAUCUCCAGGAUUAUAUUCCUCUAUUGCGACUCAACCCCUUCAGCACCAAUUCGAAGAAGGCUGCUGAGAUGCGUGCCCGCCGAGACAAGUACCUUGGAGCGUUGAACAAAGACUUGGAAGAUCGCAUGGAGAAGGGAACUCACAAGCCGUGUAUUCAGGCUAAUGUUAUCCUGGAUAAAGAGGCUAAGCUGAACACUGAAGAACUCACCUCUAUCAGUUUGACUAUGCUCUCUGGCGGUCUGGAUACUGUUACUACUUUGGUGGCUUGGAGUAUUGGUCUCCUCUCUAGCCGCCCCGAUGUCCAGGAUAAGGCUGCCAAGGCUAUUCAAGAGAUGUACGGAACAAACGAGCCAAUGUGUUCAGCCGACGACGAUCAAAAGUGUGCUUAUGUCGCGGCUCUGGUGAGGGAGUGUCUUCGUUACUUCACCGUUCUUCGCCUAGCUCUCCCUCGCACUUCUAUUCGAGACAUUACCUACGAAGGCGUCGUCAUCCCCAAGGGAACCGUCUUCUUCCUGAACGCCUGGGCCUGCAACAUGGACCCCGAUGUAUGGACCGACCCCGAAGUCUUCCGACCAGAGCGCUGGUUCGAACAGCCCGACGCACCAAUUUUCACAUACGGUCUCGGAUACCGCAUGUGCGCAGGCUCUCUCCUGGCAAACCGUGAGCUGUACCUAGUCUUCAUGCGGACACUCAACAGCUUCCGUAUUGAACCCCAUGAUGAUACGGACUGGCAUCCCGUGCGAGGUAACUCGGACCCGGCUAGUUUGGUCGCCAUCCCGCAGAAGUACAAGGUGCGGUUCGUACCUAGGGAUGCGGCUGCUUUGAAGAAAAUCAUCGCCCAAUCUUCUUGA